GCGACUGGGCCCCCUUCCUACCAUAGAUGGCAGUAUAGCGACAUCUGCUGACAAAGAAGGGAACUGCAAAUUGGCUGUGUUUUGGAGCGGCUGCUAUAACCUAGCUACUGUGUGUGAGGAGAAGGCAGUAUUGGAUUCUGCAGAUCAAACACAAGAUCACACGGGAUGGAUUCCAGUGGGAAACCCUCAACAGCACAAGUGGUGAUUUUAGCAACCAGCUCAGCCUUGACUGCAGUCUUCUACUCAGUGUAUAGGAGGAGAGCUACAACAGUUGCCAGACUGAAGGAAGCAAAGAAAGUAUCCAUUGACCAGGAUCUAAAAAACAUCUUGUCUGAAACUCCUGGAAGAUGUGUCCCAUAUGCUGUAAUCGAAGGUGUUGUGAGAUCUGUGAAGGAAACUUUGAACAGUCAGUUUGUUGACAAUUGCAAAGGCGUCAUUGAAAGGCUGACCUUGAAGGAGAAGAAAAUGGUGUGGAAUCGCACCACUCAUCUCUGGAAUGACACAGAGAAGGUCAUCCACCAGCGCACCAACACAGUUCCAUUUGACCUUGCCUCUCAUGACGACGCGAUAACAGCCACGGUACGAGUCAUACGUCCACUAGACUCUGCAGAGCUGGACCUGGAGACCACCUAUGAGAACUUCCACCCCACAGUCCAGUCCUUGUCCAACGUUAUCGGCCACUUCAUCAGCGGGGAGCGACCCAAGGGCAUCCACGAGACGGAGGAAAUGCUGCGUCUGGGAGAGAACGUCACAGGCGUCGGAGAGCUGGUCCUCGACAACAACCUGGUCAAGCUCCAGCCUCCCAAGCAGGGCUUCCGUUACUUUCUCAGCCGGCUGGACUACGAUUCUUUGCUGAGGAAGCAGGAGAGCGGGGUUAGACUGUGGAGGCUUCUGACUGUGGUCUUUGGCGUUGCUGCGUGUUCCACGCUCCUCUUCAUCCUGUGGAAGUGGUAUGUGCAGCAGAGGGAGAGGAGGAAGGAAAAGGGCGUCCUCGAGGAGUUCAAGGAGCAGCAGAGGAAACGCAUGCGUGAACUCAAUGUAGAGGAGGGCAGCGUGUCCCCAAGCUCGUGCACCGUCUGCCUCAGCAGGGAACGGGCCUGUGUUUUUCUAGAGUGCGGCCAUGUGUGUGCCUGUGCCCAGUGCUAUCAGGCCCUGCCAGAGCCAAAGAAAUGCCCCAUCUGCAGGGCAACUGUAGACAGGGUGGUGCCACUUUACAACAGCUAAUGCUAACAUAACUGGCAAUGCAAUAAUGUGUGUUUUGACACGUCACAAAGGAUAUCUAAUCAACACAUCAACAGUCAUAGUACACUUGGAAAUUCAAGCAAUUAAAAAGUCUGCUGCUCUGGCUUGAGAAAUGUGUCCAUUGCUUUACUUUGAUUUUUUUUUUUUUUCAGUGUCAAGACAUAUUGGUAGAUAUAGGUAUCUCUGGUGCUUCUACCUGUUGGUUAAAUUCAGACCAUUAAAAUCAUAAAUUUAGGACAUGUACAUGAGCUAGAGACAGAAAAUGAAACACAUUCUUCCUUAAGAUACUGACAGAUAAUGAUAAAAGAAAUAUUGUCCUUACUGUUGAGUCAGUCUUUGAAUUUGAUUUGCAAAAAUAGUCUUCCACGUGUUUUCUCUGACUUUUUAUGUUUUUGCCUUGUGGCAGUUUUGUUGAUUUUGAUUCUUUUAUGUAAAGACUGAACUUUCACAAGGUCAUGAGGUUGGUUCAAGGUUAAGGAAUCAAGGUUGCAUUUCAAAGUAUAGAGUAUGGAAUAGAGAGUGAGGAGAACGAAACCCUAAACCAAAGAUGCGCUAUGAAAGCUGCUCUGUUCUGGUUAUUCCUUGUUCAGGAAGGACUGAUUGCAAGCUGAGCCUGUCCUGUUCUUUGUGCUUUAUCUCCGGGUGCCUGCUAUUAGGGAAAUGGGCAGCAGGUGUUAAGGCUUGCGAUGACUCCCUGGACAGUCAGCCUACCAGAUAAAACAAAUUGCAACACAAAUCGAACUCAGCAGUGUACUGCCUUGGAGCAACCUGUGGCCCAACACAGUCAUUGAUUGUUUCAGAAACAGAUUUUUGUUCUUUUCCAUGUGUUUCCUUAAGCGCUUGCCUGUGAAAUGAGCUUUUAAAUCUAUUCAUUAUCUGGGGUGGUGGCUAAACAUUAAAACCUUUAUUGCCCGUUUCCCACUGCAACCUCAUUAAAGAUAAAUGGAAUGUAGGACAAGUUCUGAAACAAAUAAAAAAAAAUGACUCU